AUGGCGUCCAAAGGGAAGUCGGUUUUUUCACGAAUCAUUCGCCGUGAACUUCCCGUUACGUUUCUUCAUGACGAUGAUCAGGUAAACCAAGAACGAUGUGUAGCUCGAACUCUCAGUCUCUACACUGACCACACUCGCACCUAUAGUUGCACACCUACAAAUUCAACAAAUUCAGCCUGCAGUCACUGCACUUGUAUGAUAUGGCUGGUGAAAACAAGGUAAUCUUGUAUUCAUCCUCUUCCCCUAUGGCACUCGUUCAUAUUCAAACUCCACGUGACGUGUUGGUGUGUGGAGAAUGGGAUAGGGUGAGUGUUAAAAUAUGGAAAAGAAAUACUAUGAAAUGGGUAGGAGCCGCUGAACAGGGUAUCAUUUUUCAAGGUCUGAGUUUUAAACAGGGUAUGCAAUUCCACUCUAUUUAUCGUCAGGAACAGGGUAUCUUUUUAGACAGGAAGCCUUUAAAAGAGUAUUAAGGUUGGCGAGAUGAGUGCUCUUUAAUUUUGUGGUACCAACAACGUUUUCAAAAAGAUACAAUCUCUUGACUGAAAUUUUAAAAAUUGCUUAAUUUUGCAUGUAAUGCACUUGUCACUGGAAACCCCCACCCCUCACCCCGGGGAGACGUGGGGCAUUAGACAGCUGAACGAAAAAAAGGAAAAAAAGCCCCACCUUUAAGGGGAGCAUCUUUAGUUUAAGCUCCGACUAAGGGUUUGGAUUUUUCAAAGAUAGGUUAACAUUUUCGACUUUUUUGCAUAAGCUUGCCAGCAGGAGUAGGUCCAUUGACAUCUGGUUCUGGUACCACAACUUCAUACACCCUAAAGUGUUUCUCCCCACUUUCCUUGAGCUGGAAAACAUUUGUUAUCUACAACUCUGACACUUUGUCUUCUACCAUUUUCUGAGGUGAAACACAAUCCUGUUGCAUUCGUACAAAGGGCCUUUAAACUGCUUAAAGCUAAACUUCCAUCUUUUUUGAGUUCAAUGUCAAUUUCACUUUCUCCACCGCAUUUAAUAGUCACAUAAUCUGAAUAUAAAAGUACAUUAAAUUAAUUUCUCACAUACAAAAGCCUGCUUAUUUCAAUAUUCAAAUAAAAAAGUGAUGUUAUGUAUGAGAGAUUCUUUAUGAAGGACAUCACAAACGCACUUUUUAUAUGGCAAAGAAAGUCGUUUAACUCACCUUCAGAACCCGCCAUUUUGGGGCUGGUAAGUCAUCUAAGCACUUGCAAAUCCCCACGUAUGCCCCACGUCUCCCAGGGGAGGGGGCGGGGGGCUGUUACCAGUGACAAGUGCACAAAACAAAAUGAAUCUGGGUCAUUAAAUGAGGUCUUUGUCUUAAAAAGGGUAUCAAAAUAAGCUUAUUUUGCCUACACUACCCAGAUAGACACCCAUGCAAGAAUAAAUACAGGGGCCUGUAGGUCAGCAAGGACCUUAAAGCCAGUUUAUUGCAAAAUUACCGUAAUACUACGACACUGCUCUUAAUUACAAAACACCCUAUAAUGAAAAACAAACCUCAAAAGAAACUAAAUACGACACCGCCAGAUACAAAACCCAAAACCACUUUGUGGAGAAAAAGGAACGUACACCCCUGCCUGCUGAAAUCAGCCACGGGGCCAACAACUCGGGGGAAAAGGUAUGCAAAAACUAGCUGCCAAGUGCCUAUAAAGAAAUAUAACAGUAUUGGCAAAUAAAAUAAAAGUUAGGAACUCGAAUGGAUGCUAACCUGGGCUAAUUCAAAUUUGCAACGUGCAACUAAACAUCUCUCAAAAAACUACCCACAAUUUCUCCCUGCCAGUUCAGCAGUCCUCUGGUCAGUGCUUGUAAAAUAGGUAUUUCUGUCUGUUCCGUUAUACUACACUGUAAGAAAUACCAUUUUUUCUCUUAAACAGGGUGAGGGUUUGAAGACCUUAGCGGCACACAGUCUCUACCCAAACUCCCCUUUAGUGCACCCACCAGUACCUGAUCACAUGUAAAAAGGCCCAGAAUCUGGAGUUAUUUCUGAAUGCUCCAGAAACAAAACAUCUAGCACAGUUCUGUUCUGAUUGGCUUAGAUUUUGUUUCAUGUUUCACAGGAUUUUAAUACUUGCAAUUGAAUGUUGUUUUCCUUUAGAAUAACAUACUCCCCCAGGUUUAAAGGUGAUGUUACAUGGAUACAUAGACUGAUCUGAUUUGUGUUGUGCUAAAAAUCGUCAUAAUUUGUGAAUCGUCCUGUGUAACAUCACCUUAAGUUUGUAUUUUCAUUUUUGUGAAUUAAUUAAGUGACCACCCAAAAUGCAAAGAGUUGGUGGUCGCUUACCGGAGGUGGUCGCUUAUGCGAGUCGAAGUGCCAGAGGUCUUUUAUGAGGAGAAAUCUGGAAUCUGUGUUUGGGAGAGAAUGUAGUGGAAACAUUUUUAGGUAACAAUAAUAUUAUAUGUAAAUCCAUGUUCUUUCUUAAAGUUCAUCUACUCUGAGUAAUGUAGUAGAUGUGGUAAACGCAAAAAAACAGGACUACAUUACAUCAGGUGGUUGCUGAGAAGAGAGGUUGAAACAGUGAAAAAUCUUAAAACCCUCAUGCUAAUAUAUAAGCAAUGCUUGUGGUCACUUAUGGAGGCAGCCGUUCACAAGAGUUCCAUAGAUAAGUGGUUGCUUAUGGGCGGUGGUUGUUUACUUAAGACAUGGUUGCACAGGGAGGUUACCUAUCUAUCUAUCACAUAAGUAAUCUUGUGUUGGUUUUUAAAGGAAAUGAUAAUCGAAUAUAGCCAUCGUUUAUUGUUUUGAGGACAGGGCAACCACAUAUUAAUUUAUUUAAAUGGGUGGGGGGCAUGGGGGGGGGCUGGAAGGUGGCCUGUAUAAAUCAGGCAUUCUUUUUCUUCCUUUAUUCUCAAAGAAAGAGCCUUAUCGUAAGUUAACAGAGGUUUUAAAUAUCACAUUCUCCUUCCUGCCCCUCCCUCUCAACUCCAAUAUUUUCUUAAUAGGGAAAUUUAAUAUAUCCUCAUACUAUAUCCAUUAUCAACCAUAAAGUUGGAUAAACUAUAAACAGAAAUAGCAGCAAGUGAUUAGGUACAUUGUUACCUUUUGUUUACAAUCAAUUUGAUUGCUUUAUUUUCAGUGCAUAGCCAUUGAGGACAUUAAUCCACAAGCGCCAGUUCAUUUCCUGGUUAUACCAAAGAAAGAAAUAAGAAAGAUAACUGAUGCUACAGAUGAGGAUGAACAAGUAUGUUAAACUUUACCAUUUUGUUUCUUUUUAACUACCCUUGAUUUUUAUAUGACAGCACUGUUAAAAAUUAAGGAUAUUGCUAUUACAGUACUGCAAGUUAAAUUUUUGGACAAUUUCCGAGCCAGUGAGCCAUACGAACUUUGGGGAAAAAUAGAGUUUUAGGCAAUUGUAAAUUCAUGAAAAAUGUUUCCUGCUUAGUUCCUGAGGUUUUGCUGAUGGAAUAUUUGCAGAAUUACGCAGUAUUGAUCGACUUUUACUGAUAAGGGUUAAGUGCUCAUUUCACUGACUAGGCUUAAAGACUCACUUUUUACUUUACGGAUUAGGUUUAAGUGAUGUUUUGGGUUAAAAAUUUUUUUUUACGGAUUAGGGUUAAGUGCUCUUUGGCGUUAAACACUCAUUUACUACGGUUACCUUUUGGUUUUUUUUUUUGUAUUACUGCUUUUUCUAUUUUUUUCUAUUUUUCUUUCGCAUGGCUCGUUGGCUCACACUGUGUCCUAACUCAAUUUAUUGGAUGGAUCAAUUAUUUAAUAUCCUCGGAGAGUUGUUAUCCCAAUUAGGAAAAGGUGCCAUGGGCACCCUUAAUCCAUUAGCCCAUUAGUAUAGAGUCAAACCUUAAAAAAAGUUGACACCCAUGAGACCAGACAAAUGGUGCUUGGUUUCCCUGUGAGGGUAUCGAACUAUUGACUAAAAACCUACCCCUACUCUGGCCUCUUUAUAGCUUCCUCCGGGAGGGGUUACUUCCUAGAAGUAGGCUAAUGGGUAUGUGUCAUUGGAUGGGGUCACAUUUUCAUGACUGGAUUGACUAUUAUGAGGUUGCAUUUUUUAAGAGUUACUAGAAUGGAGUUGCCCAUUUUCAGGCCUUUGGGUGUCAGAAAAUUCAGAUAUGUAGGGAUUUAAAAAUAGAAAGAUUUGCACCACAUUAAGUUGUCAUAAAUGUGUCAGUUCAUUUCAGGGUGACUAAGUUAAAAGUCUUUAUAAGGUGGCUGCAUAAACAGAAAGUGACUAAGUCGGGAUUGCAAGAAUACUUUUUUCCCAAAAUGACUAAGAUGGGGUUUAUAAUAUGGCCACAGAAUAAACUGUAAUGGGGUAGGGAUUCUGAGAUACCAGCGGCACAUGCCCGGCAAAGAUUAACCCAAGUAACCCCUCCCCCUCCCCUACCCGGGAGUUUCAUAGACAUAAUAGACCUCCUUGCAGACAGCUCUGAUACCUGCACUCUGCCCAACGAUUUGAGAUUUCGCGAGGAAAAGUGGAAUAGCAGAUCAAGCUAGAAAUGCGGAGUUCUGGAUCCUGUUAACCUGUUCUCUCACUUUCAACUCCUUUUUGCACCCAGUCGCUUUGAGAGAGAAAUCUUUAUAAUGAAAAUGUAUCAGGGCUGUCAUAAAUUUUUAGAGCAGCCGUAGCAAAUGAAGAUUCACCUGUAACAUCUUCCCAGAACUUUGUAGUGUCACCUAGCUUCCACUUUGAUCACCCAUAAAAUGAAGUGAGCUCAGCUGUAAAAGGUGUUGCGGGUUAUGGCCCUUAAUAACAGCUUUGUGAAUGACUAUGUUUUUAUUUAGCUUCUUGGUCACUGUAUGAUUGUUGCAAAGAAAGUAGCCGCCCAGAAGGGUAUUGACCAGGAAGGGUAUUGUGUGGUAAUCAAUAAUGGUCAACAUGGCUGUCAGUCUGUCUAUCACAUCCAUUUACACGUUUUAGGAGGGCAGAAGCUCAAAUUCCCUCCAGGAUGA